ACGGCGUCGUUCGUAGGGUUCUCUCUGCGUUACUGUUUUCGCGGUUGUUCUACCUCCCUCUUCUCUUCGUGGCGGAGCGGAGCGGGGACGAUGUUCGCGUUGAGAUUACGCGCUUCUCGCAUCUCCUUGUUCUACGGUCAAAAUGGCGGAUUUCCGGCGAUUUCGAAGAAUUUACUCGAUCGAUUCAAUGCCAGAGAGCCGGCAUCUAUCAGCUCUCAAUCUGCGAGCAGAUUUGUUGGAGGCGGAAUUUUCCGCUUCGGAUCAAGAGGGAUUAAAUCCUUGAAUCAUCCAUUAUAUACUUUUGUACAAGAUGAUAUAUCGAAAUUGGAUGAACCCAAGGAAGAAAAUACAGGUGGGGCUGAGGGUCUUCAGAAGGAGUCAUGUAGUCAUCUUGAAGACGAUGAUUGGUCAGAGUUGGGUUGUGUGAAGAAGGAAAGUUUUGUGAUUCCAAAGUUGCUUACUGAGAAGCCAGAUCAAUUCCGGGAAGCUAAAGGAAAGAAAAAAGGAUUACCGUGCUCAUCUUCAGCGGCAACAAAGGUUACGAAUUUGAAGGGUUCAACUUCUAAGGCGAGCAAGUCAUCUCCAACUACAAAACAGAAAGUCAAAGCUAAGAGUAACGGCGGUUCCAGGUCUAAAUCUGAGAAAAAGAAUGAGACUACCACCAAGAAUUCGAGCUCAAGCACAGUUGUGGAAGCUCCGUCAUCAAUUGUUAGUGUCAGAAUUAGCAAUCUGAAAUCGGAAACAGCUGAUUCUAAAAUACACUCAACGUGCACGUCACUUGGUUCUCUUGAGGGUCUUGCGAGGAUUGACCAGGACACUGUCAAGGCCUUGUUUCGGGUGAGAAACUCUAAGGAAGCAGACCGGAUACUUGAAAAGUUAAACGAGACAAGAAUUGAUGACUUGCAGUGGUCGGCUGAGCUACAACAAUGCGCUAAUCCUACGAUAACAGACGUGGAUUCUUCUCAGGAUCAAAUGGGUCUGAGAAUCAGUAGCUGUGUGGAAAAUAUGAGGAGGCAAAUGUGGAUGAACACUAUUCUCGUGGAGGACUUGGGAAUGUUGCUUCACUCUCUAUUGCAUCUCGAGAACCACCCAUUGUCCCGCAAGGACUAAGUCUUUGGGUUUUGCCCCUUUACCUCAAGGACAGGACAGUGCAGUUCACGAGCCCUAUGGCCGACGUAGUUAAAUGUUUGUGGUUCUGAUCACAAGAAUUCUGUUUAGUGCGGUUGACUCUUUUUUAAAUUACGGGGCUAAAACGAAACUUUAAAGAAAUUCAAGGCCGAGAUUCGUAUUUCA